AUGCCCUUCGGCCUGAAGAACGCUGGAGCAACGUACCAACGACUGGUAAAUCGGAUGUUCGCGAGCCAGCUCAGGCGAACUAUGGAAGUUUACAUCGAUGAUAUGCUCAUAAAGUCACUCAUCGCUUCCGAUCACGUCCGCCAUCUUCGCACAUGCUUCGAUAUUUUGGACCAGUAUGGUAUGAAGCUUAAUCCCACCAAGUUCAGUAGUGUACUUGUUCGAGAAGAUCGUGGCGAGCAGAAGUCAAUUUUCUACACAAGCAAAUCCCUCGAUGGAUCGGAGUAUCGUUAUCCGACUUUGGAGAAAUUCGCCUUUGCCGUCGUUAUUUCUGCAAGGAAAUUACGCCCGUAUUUCCAAUCUCACGCGAUCGUGGUCCUAACCGAUCACCCUGUUCGUACUUUCCUCCGUAGCCCAAGUCAGUCCGGACGACUCGCCAAGAGGGCCAUCGAACUCAGUGAAUACGACAUCAAAUACCGAGGAAGAACUGCAGCGAAGUCUCAAGUCCUCGCAGAUUUCUUGGUCGAACUCCCACCAGAGCUCGUCGAAGCUAAUCCGGUCGUACAACCCUGGAUCCUUCACGCCGACGGUUCCUCGUCCCAUAGAGGAUCCAGAGUCGGAAUUCGUCUCAAAUCACCCGAAGGAGAAGUUAUCGAGCAGUCAUUUCGACUCGGCUUCCCGGCGUCCAACAACGAAGCAUUGAUUGCCGGACUACUACUUGCCAAAGGUAUCGGCGCCGAGCAUAUACACGCCUACUGCGACUCUCAACUCGUGGCUAACCAGUUUCACGGCGAAUACGAGGCUAAGAACGACCGCAUGGACGCAUAUCUCAAAGUCCUUAAGGAUGUUGCUUCAGAGUUCUCUACCUUAGAGCUUACAAAGAUACCUCGAGAUGAGAAUGCAACCGCCGACGCCUUAGCCGCUCUCGCGACUAAUUCUGAUCCUGACCUUCGGCGAACUAUCGCAAUUGCAGCAAUCGAGCGACCACGUAUCGAGCCCGCUCCGAACUGCAACAUCAUUACAAGACGACGUGAUUACGAAGCCCAACCCAAUCUCGCUCCACCCCUCACUCGGAAGACGAAACCCAAAGAGGUCGUUCCCGAUCCCAACAACGACACAGACGAGCUCAAUGAUAACGAAUCCGAUCCCGAAAAUGAAUCCGAAGGCCAACAUGUUCCAAUCAAUAUCGAAGCCGAAGGAGAGGACGAACCCGAAGAUUGGACCUUAGAAAUCGUGGGAUACAUCGGAGACGGAACAGUUCCCGCAGAUAAAUGGGCAGCUCGGCGCCUUAAGGCUCGCGCAGCUCGAUAUGUGGUCAUUAAAGGUACUCUUCUCAGAUGGGACGCUUCCGGUGUACUCUUGACUUGUGUUCACGGCAACGACAUCAUGGAAGUAAUGCAGAAGUAUACAGCACGCUGCGAGAAGUGCCAACGUCACGGCCCGAUGAUCAAUCUUCCCACCGAGCUCUUGAUGACCUCUACCGCACCAUAUCCUUUCAUGCGCUGGGCAAUGGACAUCAUCGGUCCUUUUCGCCGAUCUACAACUCAGAAGCAAUAUGUUCUGGUCGUCACGGAUUACUUCACCAAAUGGGUCGAAGCCGAAGCAUACCCCGAGAUUCAUGGAAUCGAUGUCAAGAAGUUCGUCUGGAAGUUCAUCAUCUGCCGACACAGAGUCUCGUACGAGAUCGUUACGGACAACGGAACCCAGUUCACUUCGAUCAUUUUCACAGAUUUUUGUUCCAAGUGGAAGAUCCGACUAAGUUUCUCUACCCUGCGAUACCCGCAAGGAAACGGAUAA